UCAUGUCGACUUUUCUGGAAACAUUCACACGGAUGCCAUGGUUACUCCUACCACGAUCUUACAGGUGAACAAGGUGAUGUCCAUCUUGUUUUAUGUGAUAUUUCUUUCUUAUCUUCGUGGCAUCCAGUCUACCAACAUGGAUCAAAGGAGUUUGCCAGAAGAUUCAAUAAAUUCUCUCAUUAUAAAACUCAUUCAGGCAGACAUUUUGAAAAACAAGCUUUCUAAGCAGAUAGUAGAUAUAAAGGAAAACUAUCAAAACACAGUGAAGAAAGUAGAGACUCAGCAGGACGUGGAUGGAGAUGAAAAUGUGAAAUCUGACUUCCAGCCAGUUAUCUCAAUGGAUACAGAUCUCCUAAGGCAGCAGAGACGCUACAACUCUCCCCGAGUCCUCUUGAGUGACAACACACCGCUGGAACCACCACCGCUGUACCUCAUGGAGGAUUAUAUUGGAAAUUCAGUGGUGAUGAACAGAACCUCUCGGAGGAAAAGAUAUGCGGAGCACAAGAGCCAUCGAGGGGAAUACUCCGUUUGUGACAGUGAAAGCUUAUGGGUCACGGACAAAUCAUCUGCUAUCGACAUUAGAGGACACCAGGUAACUGUGCUGGGAGAAAUUAAAACAGGCAACUCUCCAGUUAAGCAAUACUUUUAUGAAACAAGGUGUAAAGAAGCCAAGCCUGUUAAAAAUGGCUGCCGAGGCAUUGAUGACAAGCACUGGAACUCUCAAUGCAAGACAUCCCAAACAUAUGUUAGGGCACUGACUUCAGAAAACAAUAAACUUGUAGGCUGGAGAUGGAUAAGAAUAGACACCUCCUGUGUGUGCGCCUUGUCAAGAAAAAUAGGAAGAACAUAA